UGGGUAUGCCAUUUUUACUUCAUCCAUGGUUAUAAAUGGAGCAACACUUUUAACUAGGGCAAUACAUUUAAGUUGAUGGACCACAUAAGUUGUGGGGUAAAAAUGGGAUGGGUACCCAUAACACAACUCAACCUAACAUAAUAUCUUUAAUUCAACUCAAUCAACUCACAUGGAUAGUUGGUUCAGUGAUGAGAAAUUUGAAACAUUUAUCAAGAUUUGAAACUUGUAGCGACCGUGUGGAUGUUACAGCUCAUGCAUUCUGGGCUAGACCUCUGGUGCGCACGAGUUUAAAGUCUACUAUCACUGAACCGACUGAGUCACCGUGACUUACAUCCUUCGAAAAAUCUUGUCGAGUCAGAGUGUGGGUGCUCUUGAGAGAUGGGAUUGAGGAUUUAGCCUUUGGAAACAUUUAAUUAAACCCAACCAUGUAAACCAUUGGCAUAUGGCUUGCCCAAGUUUUUUUUUUGGAUGGAUGACUUAGAAUUAGUCAGCCCACCCACCGUUUUCUUAUUUUCCGGGUGAUGAUAAAUCAUUCUGAAUCCAACUUCCUGAUUUCCUUCCUUCCGAAUCCAACGCCUGAGUAAUAGGUGUCCACUCGCAUAUCCCACAGCUCGACGCGUGUCCCAUGCCAACUGUGCUCGUAACUGUCAACUCGCCGUCUCCCCGUUAUAUCACCCGCCCAAUUCCAGGGCAGUUUUAGAUUUGGUUAUGGAAUCGGAUCGGGUCAGGGGUCCCUGGAGCCCCGAAGAGGACGAGCUCUUGCAGAGGCUGGUGGAGAUGCACGGCCCGCGCAACUGGUUACUCAUCGGCAAAUCCAUUACCGGCCGGUCCGGAAAGUCCUGCCGGCUCCGGUGGUGCAACCAGCUCUCACCCGAAGUGGAGCACCGGCCGUUCACGCCGGAGGAGGACGAGACUAUAAUCCGGGCCCAUUCUAAGUUCGGUAACAAGUGGGCCACCAUCGCCCGUUUGCUUACGGGUCGGACGGAUAACGCCAUUAAGAACCACUGGAACGCUACCCUGAAGCGCAAGUCGGCGGGACUGUCCGAUUAUCCACCGGGUCAGCCGCUGAAGAGAUCCUCUGUUUCGGGCCUCGGGCCGAAUCCGGGCAGUCCACGGGAAUCCGAUUUGAGCAGAACCAGCGGGGAGAGGUCCUUCACUCCAUUCACGGUGGUCGAAAUGGCCGACCCGCUCACCUCUCUCAGUCUCUCUUUGUCCGGGCCAAGUGGGAAUCCGAAUCAGAUAACCCGAAAAGAUAAAACUCCGCCGGUUUCUUUUCCCCAUUCGGACGCGCCACCGCCACGUCAAACGGUCGGGAAAUCUCCUCUGUUCAGCCAGGCGUUCUUGACGGAGUUGCAGAAGAUGAUUCGGAGAGAGGUGAGGAAUUUCAUGACCCACAAUGGGCAUCUUCCCACCGCAGAGGAGGGUGAACCGAUUCAAAUGCAAUGAUAUGGGUAUUGGGUAAUGUGGGCUUCUGAAAUCCGAGUUGUUUCAUCUUUGCUCGGAGUAUUCUGCCGCGGUAUAUUUUUGCGGAUGUGUGAAAAUGGAGUAUAAAAAAGAGUAUAAAAUGGAGUAUAUUUUUAAAGAGUAUAUUUUGAAAGUUUUGAAAUUUCAAAAUAGGAGUAUGAUGGUUUGUAUUCCUUAAAUAAGAGUAAAUUCUGGCAAGUUUGACAUUAUUAGGCUUUAAAACAUGACAUUUUUUCCAGACUUGGCAGAUUACUCCUAUUCAGAGAAUAAAAAACACAAUACUCUUAUUUUGGAAUUUCAAAACGUUUUUGCUCCUAUUUAGAGCAAUUUCUAUAUAAAAAAGUAAUUUUCUAAAAAUGGAAAUAGAAGAGAGCUUAUAGUCCGUAUGUUUUUAUUACUCUAUCUUUUUUACCCUAGUACGAAGUAUUAGGAUGUUUUUGCUUGGAUUGUAAUUCCUCUCGGACCAAAUCAGAUCAGACCAGUU